AUGGUGCAAUUCCAUGCGCUUGGCCUGCUCUACCAUAUUCGUAGUGGCGACCGUUUGGCGGUUAAUAAAUUGGUUCAGAAAUGGAGCAAAUCAUCACUGCGAUCGCCUUUCGCCACCUGCUAUCUCAUACGUCUAGCCGCCAAACUUAUCGAGGAGGACGAGGCUGGAGCCGAAAGUCCGCUGUUCCAGUUCAUCGAGUCGUGUCUUCGUCACAAAUGUGAAAUGGUUAUCUACGAAGCUGCCUCUGCGAUUGUUCGUCUUCCGAAUAUCACAUCAUCGGAAUUGUCGCCAGCUAUAUCCGUACUACAGCUCUUCUGUUCCUCACCAAAACCAUCAUUACGUUUUGCGGCUGUUCGAACUCUCAACAAGGUGUCGAUGAAACAUCCGCAGGCGAUAACAUCGUGCAACGUUGACUUGGAGCAACUGAUCACAGACCAGAAUCGCUCAAUAGCAACACUUGCGAUCACAACGCUGCUGAAAACUGGUGCCGAAUCAUCGGUGGAGCGACUGAUGAAGCAAAUAAGCACUUUUGUGAACGAGAUAAGCGAUGAAUUCAAGGUUGUGGUGAUUGAAGCAAUUCGUUCGCUGUGUGCGCGCUAUCCACGUAAACAUGCU